AUGGCAGAGCAAGUUGACGUGCUCAUCUGCGGCAGCGGCUCGGCCGGCCUCUGCGCCGCCGUGUGGUUCGCCCGCUGCGGCGUCAGCUACAAGAUCCUCGACCGCCGGGCGGGCCCUCUCGUCAACGGCCAGGCGGACGGCGUGCAGUGCCGCACGGUCGAGAUCUUUGAGAGCUUCGGCAUCUCGGAGCCGCUGCUCAGGGAGGCGUAUCACGUGCUCGAGAUCGCGUUCUGGGCCGCCGAGGGCGGCGACAAGGGCAGCGACAAGGAUGGCGUCGCGGGAAUCAGGCGGACGCACUACGCGCCUGACCUUGAGAAGGGGUUGAGCCACCAGCCGCACGUGAUUUUGAACCAGGCGCGGAUCAACGGGUUGAUGAUCGAGGAGAUUGAGAGAGUGGGAGGGGGAAUGAAUGUCGAGUAUGGCGUCGAGGUCAAGGGGGUCGAGGUUGAGAGCGCGACAGCCGGCGAUCUCAGUGCGUACAGUUGCACGACUAAGGGUGUGGGCGCUGAUGGGGCGGAGAAGACCUACCGUUCCAAGUAUGUGCUGGCAUGCGAUGGCGCUCACAGCGCAGUCCGUAAGUCCCUCGGCUUCAAGAUGGUCGGCGACAGCAGCGAUUCGAUAUGGGGAGUCAUGGACGUGUACCCCCGGACAGACUUCCCCGACAUCCGCAAAAAGGCAGUCUUGCAUGCCCCAGGCGGCAACCUGAUGAUCAUCCCGCGCGAGGGCGACUCGAUGGUGCGGUUCUACAUGGAGCUCAAGAACGCGGCGGUCAAGGACGUGACGCUGGAAGGGCUGAAGAAGCAAGCGAGCCAGAUUUUCAAGCCGUACUCUAUGGAGAUCGUAGAGACCGUCUGGUGGUCGGCCUACCUCAUCGGUCAGCGGCUGGCUGACAACUUCACCAAGGACAACCGCGUCUUCCUCACAGGAGAUGCCUGCCACACGCAUUCGCCCAAGGCCGGACAGGGCAUGAACGUCAGUCUCCAGGAUGGGUACAACAUAGGAUGGAAGCUUUCGGCUGUUCUCCGAGGACAGGCCACGCCCGAGAUUCUUGACACGUAUGUAUUGGAGAGGCAGAAGACGGCGUCUGACCUCAUCGAAUUUGACCGCACUUUCACCAAUUACUUCUCCUCGUCGUACCGCCAGAAGCAUGGGAUCACCGCGGAGCAGUUCAAGGACCACUUUGUCAAGUCGGGCCGGUAUACCGCCGGCCAAGGCACGCACUAUGCUCCAUCAACGCUUGUGUCACCAGACGAGGAGGCCAAGGAGUUGGCUUCCGGGCUUGUUGUAGGCAUGCGGUUCCCCAGUGCCCAGGUUGUGAGGUUCAGCGAUGCAAAGGCCGUUCAGCUGGUGAGGUCUUUGCCGGCGGACUCAAGGUGGCACGUGCUUGUAUUCUCAGGUGACCUUCUCGACCCUUCUGUAGCGACCAAGGUGGCUCAGCUGUCACACGUCCUGGACAACACGAUUAGGCGAUACACGCCGACUGCGCAAGACCCGGACAGCGUGAUACAAGCUCUUCUUGUGUAUUCGUCCAAGCGCUUGGCAGUGGAGCAGGAUCGGAUACCCAAGGUUUUCACUCCUGUCACAGGCAAAUGGGGCAUUAUGAACCUCCACAAAGUCUUCGCUGAUGACGAGAGCUAUAACUCGGGACAUGGACAUGCGUACGAGACAUACGGGAUUGACCCAAAGAAGGGAUGUUGGGUUGUCGUUCGGCCUGAUCACUAUAUUUCCAGAAUCGGGUCCCUCAAUCGCCCAGACGGCAUUUCGCAAUUCUUUGACGGUUUCUUGAUUCGGAGCAACGGUGACUCAUGA